UCAGAAUUCUUUGAAUAUCAGGCAUGGCAGCAAUGGUGGCUCAUCAUUGCAACGACAUGUUGAGCAGAGGAAGGCAUCGAAGGAUUUUCGGUCAUUUGUUAGGCACACGGGAACACGAAUUUCUCAGGCCUCACAAAGUAUAAAGCUGGGAGAAGAAGGGUGAAAAGAAAGGUACUAUGCUGAGAAGAAGGGUGGAAAGAAGGCAGUUGGGGGUAUGGUGAGGAGAGAUACAUCUGGUAUUAUGAGAAGGGUUGGGAGAAAUUUUAAGGAAAGAUUACAAGAACUUGGAGGACUUGAUGCAGUCUUUGAUUUUGCUGUAAGUUGCCACUCAGUUAUGGAGGUCACUGAAGAACAGCUUGAAGGGCUCUUCCAAAGUUUAGAGGUAAAUUUGGGCAGUAGAGGGAUCAGCACCAAAUGGAGAUGUAUUAGGAAGCCAGUCAAGUGGCAAAUGAUGCAGUUGGUGGUAUUCGGACAAUUGCAUCUAUUUGUGGAGAACAGAAGGUUAUGGAUCUUUACCAAGAGAAAUGCGAGGUCCCAAUGAAGCAUGGAGUCCGACAAGGAAUUGUAAGCGGCGUGUGGGCUUUGGAUUCUCCUUCUUCGUGGUCUUCUGCACCAACGCCCUCAUUUUCUAUGCCGGUGCUCAUCUUGUACAUGAUGGGACAUUUUCCAAA